AAUUUUUUUGGACAGAACUAACAUACAGGUAGGUGAUCCCUGAGACUCCAAGAAGAAAUGUUCAUUUUGUUUUCUUUCAUUCUCUCCAAACAGAUCCCAAUUAUAGAUUACCAAAAGAGAACGAUGCCAGCAAGCCUUUAAAUGUGAUCAUUCUGGGGGGACACGAGGUAGAGAAGAGUACAGUGGGAAAUGCCAUUCUGGGGAGAAAGGCGUUUAACUUCUGGAGCUUCUUCUUCAAUGGGUGUGUGGAGAAACAGGGAAACGUAAAUGGCAGGUUCAUCAAAGUUGUGCACACACCUGGCUGGACUGGUUUCGACCAUACCACUUCAGAGUACAAUAAAAAGGAGAUCGCGACUAGUGUAUCCCGUUGCUCUAAAGGGCACGUUGCUUGUGUGUUGGUCGUCUCUAUCGACUCAGAGUCCCCUGAGAAAGAUAGGAAAGCAGCGGAGCAGCACAUGGACCUGAUCGGCGGUUCAGUGUGGCAACACACUGCACUCGUCUUCAUCACACGCAAACCAGACGAGAGAAAUCUGAGAGAGACAGACAACAUUAAGAAGCACAAAUGGUUUAAGGAUAAACGUGGCAACAGCUGGCAUACGUUUUCUAAAGACAAUGUCAAUGACUUAAUUGAAAAAUUGGUUGGUGCAGCGACAUGGUACAACGGUACUGACAGUUGCUUUAAAGCGAAUAAUAGUGCAUUUAGCCAAGAAUCACAGAUGGACAGCCGAUGUCUUGAAGAGAUAACGAAAACAGAAAAUGGAAGGCUACAACAGAAGAAUAUUGAGCCACAACAAGCCACAACCAGUAUACACAGAGGUACAACCCCGGAAAGUCACCAUGAGUUGAGUUCUGCAUCUGAAAAUACCAGCGGGCAACUGAGAAAGGUAUACAACAUUCAUACUCCUGAAUCCCAACAAGGCCAAAGUGUUGUUAACGGAAACAUGGCAACACUUGAAAAGGUGUACAAUAAGUCCAUGGCUACUGUGACUUCACAGAAGAAGGAUCUGGCACGGUUUUGCAGAUAUCUCACUUCAGAUGAGCCAGGAUCUAGAUUUGUUCAGGAGCUAAAACAAGAAGACCAUGAACUCUACCAGCGCCUGGCUGUGACGUUAGUAAAUGAACACCGGGAAGAGCUCGUUCAAAAGGUUACUACAGUACGCUCCAUAGCAGAUGCUCUCUAUAGUAAGAAGAUGGUCGAUAAUGAGCUGAACAGUCAGAUCCAGGCUGAAACAACCAGCCCGGGUAAAAUGAGGAAGCUCUACAAAGCUCUCAAUUCAGCUGAACCUGUGAAAGCUGCCUUCUUCGAGUUGCUGGCACAGAAGCAAUUUCCUCUCGUCCAAGAUUUGGCAAAGAAGAAACUACGACAGCUUGAGGCUUGUGAUGUGGAUGUGCCUUGAGGAGUAACACUGCUGCUUGGAAAAGUCAUUGUUUGACCAUACUUACCUUAAAACUCGAAGGGUGAAUGGUACCAUUUGAAGAAUAUGCAGACUGAAACAUGAAACAUAAAAUUCAACAAAGAUGCAGUGUGUGAGAGUAUGGGACCAUUACUUGAUGCCUAAUGUUGAUAGUAUGAUACAGUUAAGCUAAGCCUUUAAUGGACGAACUGUAGACUAAUUUGACGCUAGCUAAAAUUGCACAAAAACACUGUUUCGAAAAAUGUGGGACAGUGGCCUUUGCUAUUGAUGAAUGGCACGCAGAAUGAAUGUAGAUGCUGCCGCCGUUGCAAUACUAUAUGCAGGAAUACAUUUCUACUCUAUGAUCGUAAUCAAGGUUUAUUUUAAUAAUUCUUGACUUUGUGUGGUUCAUCUGUACAUAUUUUUGGAAGGUCAUAUAUAUGUUCAAUGUGUAAAUGUGUAAAUAUUAAAAUAAAACUUGGACAUAUGUUCUUUUUAUGUAUAAAUAUUAUAUUCUGUGGACCCUUUCACUCUGGAGGUAUUGAGAAAGCACUGGACCUGUGGCUUUGUCAAAAGCAAUGAAAAUCCCUCACCAGCUUACUAGUGAGGUAAAAUUAUAGUAGAUUUUCUGAUGGAAUCAUGUUUUCACAAGUAUUUUCCAAAAAAAAAAAUUCUUAAUAUGAUUGAACAAUUUGGUUAACGUCAUGUUUCAUUGAAAUUUAUCAAGACACAUUUUACCAGUAUCUAAAAAGUAAAGUAUUUCAAAUAUCUGUUAAACCCAGGUCUGGUUUAAGAUGGAGACUAUGGUAGAUAAUGACCAAAAUGGCCAACUCUUGCACCCCUUCUCUGUGAAUUACAGAAUGCUCAGUAUUUUAGGAGAGGGGAGAGAGUUAAGAUGACUGGGGGAGUCUCUAUGUAGCUGGCAAGUGUGUGUACUGCUUGUAUGCCUGUCUGAAAUUACAUUUUAAAGGAAAGCAAAUGUCUUCAUUUUUUAUUUUCUAAAGUCUGUAUUCCUCAGGAGUCUCUUUCCAGCCAGAUGGGAGUAUGUGUGUAUGUGUCUUGAGAUCAAAAGUUGAGUUUGAAGUUUUCAGCUGUGUGUCCUUUUAUGCGAAUAUGAGAUGAAACAUAUUUGUAAUAAAACAGGUUUCAGUUUUA